UGAACCCUUCAAACAUUGUUUACUAUUUCCCCAUUAAUGUAUUUUCUUCUUUUUUUUCCCAUCUCAAGUUUGAGGUUAAAGGUCAAAGCUUUAGUGUCAGGGUUUUUGGUUUUUGAUCGAAAGAUAUCUCCUUUUGCUACAUACAAAAGGUCUGGUCAGAUGAAAAUGUUUAGCUUUUCUCGUAGACGCAUGAAGCUUGGCAGAGUGAAGAAAGUACAACUUUCGGAGUACGGACAUGGAACUAGAAGCCCUAUAAGACCACCCAAAGGAAACAACAAUGCCAUUGUGGAGUCUGCUUUGCCUGCCGGUAGUCAUUCAGAUGAAUUUGAUUCCCAAGUUCCUUCGACUGCCCCCGAGAUCAAUUCAUCAGGGAACUCUGAGAACUGGAUGGUGUUAUCGGUUGCCGGGGAAAAGCCUGUGCCUCGCUUUAAUCAUGCAGCUGCUGUGGUUGGGAACAAGAUGAUAGUGGUUGGGGGCGAAUCUGGGAAUGGAUUAUUAGAUGAUGUGCAGGUAAUUAAUUGGAAGUUAUAUCUUGUUUACUUGAUGCUAGAUGUGUCUCAAACUGUGAGUUUUGUCCGAUAA